AUGACGGGCAAGAUCCAGUCGCUAAGGUUGAUCCAAUCUCUUCCCUUCUUCUUCUCCUACCAACCCCUUAACCCUUCCACCAACCGCAAAUAUAAAAACAGCUCGCAACGGCUCAUCAGCAACCACAAAGCCACACAGCCCUCUGAGAUCAUCACCGCUUUACAAGCCUUUUUAUGUUCUCUCGAGAAGAUCAUCACCAUUGACACCGACAGCAUCAACCUCACCCUCACCCUCACCGACAUCGUCACCACCCCACGCACCGACAUCACGUCCUACACCGCCGAGAACGCCGUCCAACUGUCCGAUGAGGCCCACGAUGCCCUCAUGAAGGCACUGGUGAGCCGGGUUCACCUCACCAGCGCAGAGGCGGCUGCAGGCAUCAGCCAUCUCCUUCAUCUCUUUACCACAAGCCCUAUCCUGACAUCCAAUGGCAAACCACAGAUUGACUUCACAAGCUACCGCAAGAAACAACCACCAAUUAUGGAAUCGCAGCAGAACGAGAAAAAGCGUACUGCGCCCAGCGACGAGGGGGGCGAGAAGAAGAAGAUCAAGGAGAAUCCGGUGGAGAAUGUCUUCAUCAACCACAUUGCGGAGAAGUCCCGACCGGGCGUCACGGAGCUCAAGAGGACAUACGCGGUCCUCCCACAGGACGAAGGAGGAAUCGAGAUCAAGUCAGCUGUAGCUGCGUAUCUGGUCAGGAUUUGGCGCCUGUGCGACAAGUUCGACAAGCGCGUAACAAAUACGAGCCUCCCCAUGUUCGCACUGCUUCUGCCAGGUUUGUUCUCCUUGCAUGGCAUCCUUGGAGAUCCGCGAUUAACGUAUAUUCGAAAGAAUCAGCGAUUCCUGGUUGAAGCGGUCGAUGACGAAGGCGUAUUUGGCGCUCAAGUCGCUCCCCACUACAGCCAUAAGGAAGUCGUCAACUUCCCGGUCUCCGAGAGCAUGAGCGCAUACAGCCGUAGCCAGACGACCAUGUCUUCGCUCAUGGCUGCCCAGGUCAUGCUCGAGGACAUCGUCGCACUCCACGGGAUGAGGCCCACAGUUGAGCGCGUGAAGCGCUGCAUGCCCAACUAUAUGCCAACAGUCAGUGUUGGUGUCCCAAAGUCGUCUCAAGAAGGCUCCGCGGCAAAGAAAGAUGCCUUUGAAUGCACGCUUUAG